AUGGUUUCAGCUUCCAAAUGUACAACUCUGCACUCAGCUUCUAAACUUCACAAAUUUGCUUCUUUCACCAUAGUGCUCCAUAGAGCAAUGUCCUUAAGUGAUUUGUCAGCGGUUUGUGAAUUCAGACAUAAGGGCAAAUUACAAUUGGUACAAACUGUGGUUUGCAAAUCAGCUUCCAGUGUUGGUUUACAAAGGAUUUCUAUUACGUCUGCAUAUAGCCAAAUAGUCACAAAGAGAGAUGCUUCACUCAGCUUCAUGGACUACUGCCCUUACUUGAUGCAUGGUUAUGACAUUCUAGGUCAAUAUGUAAGGAAAUGCAGGGAGGAUAUGAGAAUUCUUGGCAACUCAGCAUGGUCGUGUGGUGACAGCCUUGCGCUUUGA